ACACUGCACAGAGAGAGAGAGAGAUUCAGAGCUCUCUCUUGCGGUGGUCUUUUUGGGUUCUUGCUCAGCCGCUCAUAUGGGUUUGCGGUGAGAUUAGUAAUCCUACGGAGUUGCUCAAGAUUAUUACAUUCUGAACCAUAAAAGGAAUUAAGCUCAUGAACUCACUGAACUAUAGUAUAUGAAAAAUAAUGGCAUCAUGUUGCGGGCUCUUAUUGUUGGACAUUACUACAUUUAUGAAGAAGGUUUCUUUUGUUCGGUGAGAGUCAUUUUAUUGAAAGAUAGUGUUCUGUUGAUUGGCACUAUUGAUCAUUUCCAUGACAAGGUGGGCUGCAUGGUUGCUUGAGUGAGUUGUAUAUAUUGGUGUGUUGGACCCCUGUGGCUGUUUAGUCAAUGGGAUCAAAAUGUUUAGCUGUCAGUACCUAUGUUAAAAUUGGUUGUUGUUAAGUCUUUGCUUCAGAGGCAUUCAUUGGAAACAUACUCAAUAAUCUGCCCAUGGAUCAGCUUGAGUCAAAAGCAUGUGAAAUACCAAAUGAUGCCAAACACUUACAUGCUUCGGGGAAGGAAAACAGAUUAUCCAACAGUUGGAAAACAAUUGCUUAUGAAAACAGAAUGUUGGAAAAGCAAGGAAGUGUGUCUGACCAGGAACUUAACAGCAGUGAUACUGAAUCAUUGCCAGAGAAGGAGAAGUGUCCAAAUUAUGAUGAUAUUUCCGCCACUGAUUGUGUGAAAGGAUACAGUGCAGAGAGUUCCAAACCACAAUCCUCUGUUUCAAUGUCAAGAAAUUUAACGGCUGAAUUGGGAAUGUAUGACAAGAAGAAAUUUACAGAAGGUACCUCGGGGGCAAUAUCUUUAAGCAAAGAACUCAUAUCUCCGACUGUUCUGUGUGAUAGGAAGUCAAAUGAUGGAGAAUCUUGUACACAAUCUAUGGAAGGAAUUGAUUCCACACAGCACAUUUCUUUGAAGAGCGACAUCAGCUUAGAGACUGGACCUUCCCUUAAUGGAGAAAGUAAUGAAUUGUAUGCUAAGAGAGCACUUGGAAAUUGGUUAAAUGCUAGUAAAGACGAUAUAAAAUCCAUAAUGCAUGCCACCUUCCAUGAAGAAGUCAGAAUUGAGUAUUCGUCUUCUCAAUCAGCAAAUGUCUCUACUAGUUUCAACAGUAGCGUGACUGAGCCAGCAACUGGAAGUGUAGUGCUGGGUAUGGCUGCACAAAUCACUCAAAAAUCUGUUGAGAACAUUAGAGCCAGGGAUAGUAAGAAGGUGCUGGAAAUGAUUGGAGAUCAAAACUCCUUGAUUGUAGAGAAGGUUGAUGUCCCUAAACCCAGUCUGGUGAACCAGAAAGAUGCAGAAAUUUCAAGUCAACAACGACAGGCGCAUUCCUAUCAGCAAGAUGAUGCACUGGGGGUGUUCUGCAAAGGUGCUAAAGGAGUUGAGCAAAAGGGUAGUGUUUAUAGGAAGGCCUCAGGAAGCACCUCUUCGAUAGAGGAGAGAAAUGGAAACUCAGUCCAUCUAAGUUCAGUUGACGCUGCAGAUCCAGAUAAAAACACACGCUUAACUCAAAGUGGACAAGUUCUCAAAUUAUGCAAUGAGGAAGAUAGUUUUUGUUCCCCUGAGGAAGUGGUAGAUCCUGGAACUGAAAAUAAACAUAAACCUCUCUUGGUUGUGAAAGGGCAAUCAGAAGAGAUGAGUAUCUCUAUGAUUCAUGUAUCUAGUUGUGGCCCUCAUGGACAGGGGCCAUCUUCCUUUACUGUGAAACCUGAUGAUGUUGCUGCUUAUGGUCAGACUGCCUUUCUCAGUCGAUUUGAUUUGAAUGAAGAUAUCCACGCAAAUGAAGUGGAUCAUCCUAACCAAUUGAGGCAUGAAACUGCAUCUUCUUAUAAUGUGAUACAUGUGGUGGCUAAAUGUGGUGUUCCUUCAUGCUUACACAUGACCCCAUUGAAGUUUGAAGGUGAGUUAGGUUGGAAGGGUUCUUCAGCAACUAGUGCUUUUCGGCCUGCUUCUCUUUUCAAGGGUUCCAGUACAGUAUCUUCCACUAAUAACAAUUGCGGUUCAAAACAUUCACAAUGUUUUGCUGGAUUUGACCUCAAUGUUACUGCUGCAGAAGAUGAUAUUUCCAUAGAAUUGACACAGGAAAGUGUGGCAGCACUUUCAGCUUUCCCUUUUAAAGACUCUCCUGCAGAAAUCAGUUCCAAAUGGCCUGAAAAACACAGUAUUGACCUCAAUUGCCUUGGUGAAAAUGGUGAUGACUUUGCACCAUCUUCCUCGACAGUAAUGUCAACAAGGCACUUGAAGGUGGAUUUUGACUUGAAUGACAACCCAUCCGACACAUGUAAUGAUAGUCACUUGCCCGGUCAAGGUCGUCAACCUUUGGGCAACAAGCUAUUAGAAGCUCCUGCUGCUACUACAUUCAUGGGAAACUCUAGACAUGGAGACCUUAAUUGUGUGAGACCUACAUAUUGGGCAGAUUUGAAUUCUAUGCAGGGUUUUGGCUAUGGUGGUGCCCCACCAUUCCUGUUGGCUGCUCCGAAUUUGCUUCAGCCUGCUGAACAAAUGCAGAGGGUAGUUCCUUUCCAUGCCAACCUACCAUACACAGCACAUACACUUCCUUCUCAUAGUUAUCCUUACAGUAAUCCAUUCUGCUUUGGUCCUACUAACCCCCUGUCCUCCACCAUGCACUCUUCUAGUAUUUUAUCGUACACCACAGAUUCCCACACACAUGGUAUCAAUCCUCAGAUAUUGGUUCCUGGUAAACUCCCCACCUUUCUUGGGCCCGCCCAUCUUUCUGAGUUUCCUCAUGGACGACACCCCAAUGACAUGACAAACAAUAGGUCCAUUUUUGACACUAGUAGUUGGGAACAUAAUUCAGAGAAUGGAAGCAGGGGAGAUAAUGCCAGACAAUUUUUGUUUCCAUCCAAAACUUCAUCAACAGGAGAGCAAAUGAAGUCUUUUAAUCAAGUUAGUUUGUCUGCCACAGCCAUGAAGAGGAGAGAGCCAGAAGGAGGAUGGGAUUCUUUCCAGCUUGGCCAUAGGCAUCUGACUUCAUGGCGCUAGGUUUGGUUGCUUCCCUAUUGUGAUCAUUGAAUCUUUUCUGUUGGAUGUUAUAGUUGUUACUGCAGAUCAAUAAGUAGGCAACUUCAAUAUUGGAUGAACUAGGGCAGCUUUGCCUUUUGCCCCUUCAAUGACCAGGUUAUAUGUUACGUCUAAUAGAGCCCCAAGAUUUUCUGCAAUCGGGGCUGCAUGAACUGAAUUGUUAAUGUCCUUGUUGAUUCUUUUUUGUCACUUUUGUUAGGAUGUCAAUUCAUGUGCAAAUUGGGAUCUAAGAAGGUUUUUUGUACAUAGCCCAUAUUUGAAUUCGAGAGAAAUGAAAGCCAUGUAUCCCCAUUAACUGAACAUCUUUGCUGGCAUCACUUGAGACUUGCUUUUAUGAUAGA